GUAGUUUGGGAGUCUGACUGACUGACUGGCUGAAAAACUCAGACUAUAUUGUGGUGAAAUACAGCUCGGUCUGUUCAUUUUACCUUUGCAGGUUUCCUCAAACUACACGCCUCAAUGUGCAAGGGGCUCUCCUACCUGCCCUCCUCAUGCCUGGAGAGGGCAAAAGGGAUGCGGGUGAUGCUAAGCCAUCUGGCUGAAACACACCAUAAGCACAAGGUUCAGGAUGGAAAAGCUCUUCAGGACCUGGAGACUGUGCUAAACAACAAAGGCGGCCUGCAGGCGUUUCGUGGGUUCCUGCGUUCAGAGUUCAGUGAGGAGAACCUUGAGUUCUGGCUGGCCUGCGAGGACUACAGGAUUUCUCCUUCAAACCUGCAGAAGACCAAGUCUGGCAGCAUCUACAGCCAGUUUAUCAACCCUGAUGCUCCACAGGAGGUAAACUUGGACGCCGAGACCCGGGAGGCUCUGCUGAGUGUGACGGACUCUCUGUGUGCCGACACAUUCAACGAGGCACAGCAGAUAAUCUAUAAUCUGAUGGCGAAAGACUCCUUCCCGAGGUUCCUGCGUCACUGCAUGGAGGCCAUUAAAGCUUUCUAAACAUACACUGUUUAUUACCACAGACCUGCUUUAGAAAUAAGUGAUGAUGAAUCUGUACCGCUUGAUAUGUUGAUUGUAUUUUAUCACUUAUUUUAGUGUGUUUCGUGAUUGUUUUCCAGGUGGAAGUGCUGUCCUUCUGUCCAUAAUGCAUGCUGUUAUUGAUUUUAUGACAAAGAGUUGUAGACAUAGUUAAAAAGUCUCACAUAGAAACCUCAAUUAGAUGCUACACUACAAUGUGCCUCUAGACUGUAUAAGCUACAAGUGACAUCCACAAAGGACUUAAAUAAAUAAGUAUAAGUA